CCACAACUCGCACAAAACCCCCAAAUUUCCUCGUCACAAAAACAAAACCCCAAUUUCUCACAACCCUUUCAAUUCGCAGGCUCUCGAUUCCGACCACCAUGUUCAAGAAGACUCCGACUCCGAAACCCUCGCCGGUCACCCCUCAUACCCAGGACAGCGACUCGGAGCUCCGACCCGGCGGCAUGUGUGUCCCGCGCCGCGACUUUGACGAAGCCUCCGCCUCCGCCGAUCGCCGGUCCGCCAUCACCAUCCACGUCACCCAAGGCCCGGCCCACCACGUCAUCAACCUCCCAGCCCACUCCACUUUCGGGGAGUUGAAGGGGCUUGUUUCGCAGAAGACGGGGCUGGAGCCGGAGGAGCAGAAGCUUCUGUUCAGGGGGAAAGAGAAGGAGGAUGAGGAGCAUUUGGACGCCGCCGGCGUCAAGGACAAUUCCAAGGUUAUGCUCUUGCAGGAGCCGAAAAGGAAGGAGAGGAGUGUCGCAGAGGUAAAUGAGAGCAAUGAGAUGUCGAGUGAUGUUGCGGAGGUUGGAGAGAUUGGAGCUAUGAGCCCUAAGAUGGCAAAGGCAUUUGAAGAGAUUGCUGGAGUCAGGGCCGAGGUUGAUAGCCUAGCGGAUAGGGUUUCCGCAUUGGAUGUGGCUGUUAGUGGUGGCGCCAUGGUAUCUGAUAAGGAGUUUGUUGUAUCAUCAGAGUUGCUCAUGAGGCAAUUGCUGAAACUGGAUGGCAUCAGAGCGGAAGGAGAAGCUAGAAUGCAGCGGAAGGCUGAGGUACGUCGUGUCCAGAACCUUGUAGAUACAGUGGAUGCUCUAAAAGUGAAAAACUCUAAUCCGAUCAACAAUAAUAGCAAUGGUGUGUCUUCUCAAAAUAGCAAUGGUGGGACUUCACAGAACAGCAACAGUGUUGCUACCCAAAAUGGGAAUGCUGCCUCAGUAUCAACCAACUGGGAGAAUAAUCCAGGACUAGGAGAAGUUUGAUUCGUAAAUAUUUCGGCCAUCUUACAAAAUUCAUCAUCGAACAUAGAUUAUCUGGUAAAAAUUAGCUAUUGUGGUGCCUUUCUUCCGAAGUUCUAGUUUUACUGUAAAAAAACUGAUAUUUAUUCAGGAGCAUCUGCAUUAGAAUGGAUGGAAAUUGGCACAUAUGAAUUUGUACUGCGCCUGUUAAACAGCUCAUCUUUGACAUUUACCAUUGUCGAUCCUUUCAGUUCAUAGGGUACUUUUGUAAUUGCCUCAUCUUCGAUUAUUAAAGGUUGGUGUUAUCACUGUUAU